GAAAGUGAAGCUCUACAAAAUGCCCUUUAAUUUGGAUGCUUUUUUAGGAUGGUGCAAAUGUUGGUAACCGUGCAGAAGAUACUCGCCGCUCCAAGCAUCAGGCAACCUCCGUUUUAAUCUUCAGUCACAGCAGUAACUCCCACAGGGAUUUCUCUACAGGUGCCUUGGCAAUGGCUCCCCUUUAAGGAGACAAAAGAUUCUGCUCCCUGUUUUACUGCUAUCUUUGGGACAUGUGGGAACAGCUUGAAGUUCAAACAGACCCCUCUCGCUCAUGCCAAGGACCGGAACAUUAAGGAAUUUGCCUACACUGUGCUUAUUUCUCCCCAUAAUCCCCUGCAAGGUAAAAGUUGCAGUGAGGUCAUGCUGGGGCUUGUUUGAAGUUUUUUUUUUUCCCCCUCAACUCCGUCUCCAUCUCUCACAAGUCAAAGGUGAGGGAUUAUGCUUGCUUUUGGAAUGUGGCCUGGAGGUGAAAGACUCCGAGAGCGACUGUGUUAGAGAGAGAGUGCUAAAGUUGCAGAGAACAAGCUUGUGGAAGUGUGUCCAUGAUAUUAAACUUGAUUUUUAAAGGGAGAAUCACAUCUCUUCGCCAAGACAAAAUUGGUAAAAAUCUGUACAAAGUUGCUGUUUUCCAGAAUGGGACUCCAGGAGGAGGUACAGACUCUGACGCCUUCAGGAGGGGCUGAGAGAAGAGGAGAGGCUGAGCUAGGAGUUGUAAAGAACAACGUGGGAGAGGAGGAGGAGGACGGCAAAAGACAAGAGGCGGAUCAGAGGGAGGAACGUCGAGAAAGCCCGGGGCAGAGGAGGAGUGCAGUUGGAAAGCCCAACAAGCUUUACCUGAGCAGCACAGGUAAUGGGGGGUGGAGGAAAGGGGAAGUACUAGGAAUGAGGACGGACCGGUUACCUAAUUUCUUCCAGGACAGCUGUGUGCAACAAGCGUCUGUGGAAGACUUCGACUUGGCUGGGGAAGAAAAAGCAUGGACCGAAGCAGAUGUUGGCCACAUUCCCAUUAAGGAACUAAGUUGUAGUGCUGUUUUUCUGGAAAAUGCAACAGAACCUCAUGUGGCGGUCUUGCGAAGGCCUGCACAUGGGCUUCGGCUCCUGGGCAGUAGAAGAGCCGUGAGCAUGUUCGUCCUCCCAGAUGAUAACAGGAGACACCAAAACACAGCGAUCAACCACCAAGACAGCUCUACAAAACCUCACAGUGAUUGUAUGUUGGCAGCUACCAACUCGAACAACAAUCUUCUGCCUACAUCGACCCUAAAUAAGCAAGGUUGCCCAGAUGUGGUCCAGCGGUGUAGGACAAGACGUGCCGAGCUGCGUGCAAUAGACGGUCUAAAACCAGACAUGCCGCCUUCUGUCAGCCUGUUUCCUCAUCCACUAGAAGAAUCGCCAAUAUGUCGGACUUUGAAAAGCAAUAACAAACCGCGGCCCGUUAGCAUGACUGUUCUUGAGCUUAAUAAAGAGCGUAUUGGAUCCCGGGAUAAGCUCGCAAACGACACUUCUACUUGCACUGGCAGUUUGCCUCGUCCGGGCUUCCGAUGGAGAUGGUUUGGUCGACAGGCAACUGGAAAGGAAGUGGUGGCGAAACAAACUUCCACAAGGUUAAAGGAACCCAAGAAGACAGAAGAACCGAAGACAACAUUUGGAUCCCUCCGGAGGAGCUUGAGUCUAAGGAUGAGGCGGAAUCGUAAUCAACCCGAGCAGGAGAAAAGAACUGAACGGAGACGCACUUCAAGUAUCGGAGAACAAUCUAUACAAACCACUCGCCCAUUUUCCUACCUUACUGGCAGGAUGUUAACGCCAGCUCAUGAGCAAGAUGAGGAUCAAGGGGUCACACAGUACAUACAGUACCAAACUCGGGGCAAGGUGGCCGUCUUGGAGAUCCCUCUCAAACCUGCCAAACUAACAAAGCCCACCAAACAUUUGCAACCAGAGACUAGUUUUUGGCAGCUAAUCGCUAGUCGUUUUAAGAGGAAAGACCCGUUGUUCAGCAACAAAUCUGAGCUGUGCACUGAAAGCCAAGCAGUUCGCAGCUACCCCCCUGUGAGAAAUAAAAAGCCAGAUUCUGUUGCUAUAGAGACUCUAACUGGCAUUGGUUUCUGCAAAGGUCAUGAUUCCUUCGUUAACAGUCAGGAAUGGACAUUAAGUCGAUCAGUACCAGAGCUCAAAGUGGGCAUCGUGGGAAACCUGUCCAGUGGGAAGUCAGCGUUAGUUCACCGGUAUCUGACAGGAACAUAUGUCCAGGAGGAGUCGCCCGAGGGAGGGAGGUUUAAAAAGGAGAUUGUGGUGGAUGGACAGAGUUAUCUCUUGCUGAUCAGGGAUGAAGGUGGCCCACCAGAACUGCAGUUUGCUGCCUGGGUGGACGCGGUGGUGUUCGUCUUCAGCCUGGAGGAUGAGAUCAGCUUCCAGACAGUUUAUAACUACUUCCUGCGUCUUUCCAGCUACAGGAACACGGCAGAGGUUCCCAUGGUGCUGGUGGGGACGCAGGAUGCCAUCAGCGCUGCCAACCCGAGAGUGAUAGAUGACGCCCGGGCUCGGAAACUGUCCAACGACCUGAAACGCUCCACGUAUUACGAAACCUGCUCCACCUAUGGUCUUAACGUGGAGAGAGUCUUUCAAGAUGUUGCUCAGAAAGUGGUGGCACUGAGGAAAAAACAGCAGCUUUCGAUUGGUCCGUGUAAAUCUCUGCCCAACUCUCCCAGCCACUCGUCCGUCCCAGCCGCGUCCAUCCCCUCUGUACACAUCAAUCAGGCUGCUAAUGGAGGAGGUGCAUUCAGCGAUUACUCCUCCUCCGUUCCCUCCACCCCCAGCAUAAGCCAGAGGGAGAUGCGCAUCGAGACGGUGGCCGCCCCCAACACUCCCACGCCCAUCCGCAAGCAGUCCAAACGACGCUCCAACAUCUUCACAUCAUGGAAAGCCAGUGAUCAGACAAAGAGCAUUGAGAGUAAAACUGACAGUAUAGGGAGUGGAAGGGCCAUACCCAUCAAACAGGGGAUUUUGUUAAAAAGAAGUGGGAAGUCACUUAAUAAGGAGUGGAAGAAGAAAUACGUCACAUUGUGUGACAACGGUCUGCUCACGUACCACCCCAGUUUACAUGACUACAUGCAGAACAUCCACGGUAAAGAAAUUGAUUUGCUGCGGACGACAGUAAAGAUACCCGGGAAGAGGCCGCCCAGAGCAGUGGCAACGGUCGCCCCUACAGCCAGCCCCAAAACCAACGGACUGACCAAAGACCGCAGCACUUUACAACUCGGCAUUGGGGCUACAAGCACUCCUCACUCUAACAGCAGCAGUUCCCUGCAGUCCGGGGGUUCGGUGGCCGGCGUGGCUUUGGGGACUAGUAAAGAGGGAAUGCACCAGCGCUCGUUCUCCGUGUCCAGUGCAGAACAGUGGAGUGAGGCCGUUAUCAGCACCACAGCAGCCAAUGGGAUGGCAGAUCCUCUCAGCUCCGCCCCUGGCAUGAGCAGCGCCACCAGUCCCAAACUUGAGCCUCCACCCUCACCUCAUGCCAACCGCAAGAAACACAGACGGAAAAAGAGCACAGGCAUCACCAAACCGGACGGGCUUUCUGCAGGAAAUGAAGAGCAAGAGGAGUCAUUUGAGUUCAUCAUUGUGUCCCUGACGGGUCAGAUGUGGCACUUUGAGGCAUCCACGUAUGAGGAGAGAGAACUCUGGGUUCAGGCCAUUGAGAGCCAGAUAUUUGCCAGUCUACAGUCCUGUGAGAGCAGCAAGAACAAGUCUCGAUUAGGAAGCCAGAGUGAUGCAGUGACCAUCCAGUCCAUCAGGAACAUGAGGGGAAACAGCUUCUGUGCAGACUGUGACGCUCCCAAUCCGGACUGGGCCAGUCUGAACCUCGGCGCUCUGAUCUGUAUCGAGUGCUCCGGGAUGCACAGGAACCUGGGCACGCAUCUGUCCCGCGUACGGUCUCUGGACCUGGACGACUGGCCUGUGGAGCUCAGCAUGGUGAUGACGGCCAUCGGGAACGCCAUGGCCAACAGUGUAUGGGAGGGCUGUGUGGAAGGAUACACCAAACCUGGGGUGGACAGCACCAGGGAAGUGAAGGAGCGCUGGAUCCGGGCGAAGUACGAGCAGAAGUUGUUCCUGGUGGGACUUCCUCAGUCAGACGUGCCGCUGGGACAGCAGCUCCUGCGGGCCGUGGUGGAGGACGACCUGAGGCUGGUGGUUCUCCUGCUGGCCCACGGCACCAAAGAAGAGGUCAACGAGACGUACGGGGACGGCGACGGACGUACCGCCCUGCACCUGUCCUGCGCCAUGGCUAAUGUGGUCAUCACGCAGCUGCUUAUCUGGUACGGUGUGGACGUGAAGAGUCGCGACGCCCGCGGUCAGACGCCGCUGUCCUACGCCCAGCGAGCAGGAAGCCAGGAGUGCGUCGACAUCCUCAUCCAACAUGGUUGUCCCGGUGAUGGCGGCGAACUGUCGACGCCCACAGCCACCCGACACAAUCCCAACAUCAACAAUAACGCUCAAUGCGAGCUGAACCGUAGUGUUAGCAUCAUGUGAUCGUGGCCCACAGUUUCUCUAGUGUCUCUUCUCAGAGCGUCCACCGGUGAUGUUGAUGUUCCCAUAGAUGCUGCUCUCAUUAAAUGGCAUCAUUUCUCUCAGCGGUACGUCUUUAUUAGGAAACUGUGUGUAGUGCCACAUGUGUCACGUAAACCCAUUACCCCAUGACGACUUCCUGUGACCAAUGUUAGCGUACAGCGAGAAUUAGCAGUGUUAACAUUAUCAAUCCGUGUUAUUUUUAAGCUGAAGAAAAUAAGGUUUUUAAGGAUCCUUUCUUGUGUGUGUAUAGAACAAAGAAACUAAAUGAUGGGCAACAGGUUCAAAAAGAUAGGUUUUUUUUUUUAAGGUGCAUCAGUUUAGAAAUAAUCAGAUGACAGUAAUGGAUCCUCUGCAUUGUGCCCACACGUUUUUGUCCAUCAGAACAUUAAAUUAUGUUGUUAAAGGGAAAAUUCUGUUAUUGUUUACUGUCCCUCAUGUCAUUCCAUACAGGUUUAAAAUGACAUGACACAGAGUAAAUAAUGACAGAAAUGUCAGUUUUGGGUGGACUAUACCAUUAAAUCAGCAAUUUUGGUGAAACCUGUCAAAAACAUGUCUGUGUAUUGCACCUUAAAGUCAAAAGAAAAAAAUAGCUUUAAUACUUUAAUUUUAAGGUUUAAAUAAGGGGGUAAAUAAUUGUAUUUUUAUUUUAAUCACUACAAAAUACUGUAUUACAAUAAUGAGAAUAAUAUGAAAAGAAAUAAACAGAAAAAAAUAUAUAUUGAGAAUAUAUAAAAAUAUAUCCAGAUGCAUUUCAGUAAUUAAAAUUUUGGUGGGAAAAAAUGUGUGUGGUGGGGGGAGGGGUGCAAAAAUAUUCCUUGACUUUUUUUUAAAUGCAAAAUAUAUUUUCUCAUUUUAUUUUGACUUUGAGGUGACCAGGAUAUGUUCUUGUGAGUUUUACGCAAAUUUCCAUAAAUGCUUCAUUAAAUUCAACUUAAUUGUGAUUAUUCUGAUUUAUGCUAAAAAAAAAAAAAAAAAAAAAACAUUUAAGUGCAUAUUUCACUAAAACGUCACACAUUUUAUGGUUGUACUACCAUUGUGCCCUUAAACGAAGCUUAGAAACACUAAGGCUACUGGGUAACACAUUACCAUUUGUGGCAUCAGUGCAAUAUAACUAAACCCAAAUCAUCAUACUCAUUGCUAUUUUACAUUUAGCCUCUACGUGAUUGUCUUGGAAGGGCUUGAUUGCCUGACGAAUACUGUGUUAUUGCCGAUGCCUUGUGCAAAUCAUUUCUGGACCGGUCUGAAGUGUUCUUCUAACUGUUUGAUACUGACGUCCCUAAUGACAGAUCCAUUCAGUAGCAGCGGACGGUACCGACACACUAGAUUACGAAAUAAGACGCUCUCGCCGUUAACUCCUGUGAGAGUCUAAUGACCUCCACACUUGUGACUGUGUGGCUGUUUUUGUAUCCAUUAGAAUCCAGACGUAUGUUUCUAAUCGAAUGGGAUGGAUGGGAUCGUGAUGUGGAUAAUGUACAGAUGUGUGUAGAAAAUAGCUUUUCCUGCUCCCUCUUGCAGCUAGUUGUGUGUCGUGUGGGCAAUUUCUGGAUGAGAUGGCCGUUACGUACCCAUCUGAAACCUAUCAGCCUUAACCCUCGUUUGCUAGUGUGUACGCCGUCAACUUUUACUUGAAAUAUGAAAUCAUGAUUAGAACUUAAUUCAUAUUUGGCACAUGUGAGUUAAAGGGAAUGCUGUAAAGCGAGAGGGAGAUGUUGAAACUCUUUAAUGAGUCCUUACCAGACAGUAUUUUUAAGUUUACAUGAUUUUUUAGGCGUUUUACCUUCUAGCGGGUACAUUUUCUUUCUUUUCGAGUCAGAUUUGUACAUGCAACCCUCAUCUAACUAAGCUUUAGGAGAAUUGCCAUUGAUUUUAAAUGCAACAUCUUUUAAACCUGUUUAAUUCUGGAGGCUCAUCCCCAACAUCAUGCAUGGAAGGUUACCCUCUUGAUGUUCAUAAAGUGAACAUGUAUCAAGGUUAUGAUCAUUUUUUUUAAAUAUACGUUGAGUUUGGGCUCCUGUGUAUGAUGUGAGGUUGCUAAGAUGAGCUUUUGGGAAUAUGGCAGUUGAAAAUUAUAAACACUUGCCUGUCAUCCCUGUGACUGCCGGCUUAUUGAAUGCUGGGAUGCACCCAUAAAGCUCCUCAAGUAGCCGUAUAGCAGAGAGAAGCACCGUUUUGUUUUAAAGUUGUUUUUGGUACCUGGUUUUGGGUCUCAAUGUAUCCACAUUGUCUGGCCGUUAAGGUACUUUGUGUAUUAUAUGUACAUUUGACAUAUUUAUAAAAGCAAGAUGUAAAUAAUUCCUUUUGUUGUUGCUUUUAUUGAGUUGUUGGAUAACUUUCUGUUGUUUCUUUUAUUUGCCAUUGUUUUUAAAUGCUCCUUCUGAACGUGAUGGAGCGCUUUCAUGAGAGUUAGCUGUUGUGUGACUGGAUGCUUGGCUGGCUAUUGACAUAAUAAACACUCCAAUAAAAUGAUUUAUACCAUGAA